AUGGAUGACACCUUCGUCGUCAUCGAACGGGAUCAGGUGCUGACUUUCAAAGAACAACUCAACGCCGUCUUCCCUAACAUCCAAUUUACGAUGGAGGAGGAGGAAAACAAUCAGCUGGCCUUCCUGGAUGUCCUCGUCUGCCGCAAAGAUUGCGGUGGCCUAAAAACCAAAGUGUUCAGGAAAGCGACAAAUACGACGCAAAUACUGAACUUCAAUAGCAACCACCCGAUCAGUCACAAACCCAGUUGCGUAAGGGCGCUAUACCGGCGUGUUGAGACGCACUGCAGUGAAAUGGAAGACAAGGUUGCUGAAUUACAAUAUCUUCGACGGGUAAUGAGAGCCAAUGGCUACCUGCGCAACUUUGUCAACCAGUGCAUACGAAAAGGACACCAGAGACCAAAUCCAACUAGCCCCAAAUUUUGGCGGGCUCUUCCGUACGUGAAGAACGUCUCGGAAGCCGUCAGUCGUCUUCUCACUCCACUUGAAGUUGGGGUUGCACACAGGCCGGAAGCAACCAUUAGGCGCCAAGUAAUGAGGCCAAAAGACCCGCUGCCACGGCAGGAAACGUCUGGAGUCGUUUACCGGAUCUGGUGUAGUUGCGGACAGAGCAAUUAUGUCGGAGAAACUGGGAGAUUACUCCGUACGCGACUUGCCGAGCACGCAGCAGCAGUGAGGCGGGGAGACGCUAACUCUCAAGUGGCGGCACACUCGACGGGACCCGGCCAUAUUUUCAAAUUUCAAGAGGCCGAAAUCCUCGCAAGGGGUGACAACCGCGUGAGCCGCGAGCUGCUCGAGUCAUGGUUCUCAGGCCCGCAAUCCAUCAACAAACACAUUGACCUCCCGGUACCCUAUUCCGUAUUGCGAUUUUCCCUGGGCAGCAGAAUCAGUCACGUGGGGAGGGCGCGGGUGAGCAAUUAUCACGGUGACAGUGAGCCAAUUUGCCGAGCAAUCGUCACACCAGCAUCGAGCACGGAUGACGAAAUCGCGGCAAUUAACAACUCGGACUCGGACCGCCAAGCCACCGCCGCAUCAAUUACGACCCCAGCGGCGAUUGUGAGAGCUGUUAAUUGCAGUGCGCAUACGGUCCCACGGCAGCCACGUGCUAUAAAUACUGCACGCCUGGUGCCACCUUCACCUCUAUCUGCGAAUGUCUCUGAUGAUGGAUUCGAGUGAGAAUCCGAAACGUCAGGCAAAUAAACUUCUUGUCCCAGUGAUCGCAUCUUCAUCUUCUGAACUGCUACCUGGGACUCGCCUGUUCGCUUCUAUCAGUGUCCUGUCUGGCGUCUUGAUUUGGCGGCGCAUUCUGUUGUGGGAGCCAACUGAGAGGCUUAUUUACAACAAGUAGACGACUGGGGCAGGCACGUGGUCACAUGCUCGUAAAAGUGCUUUGUGUCAGAGGCUACUGUGGCGUGAAUUGCCAGCCGCAGAGUUGAAAGACACCGCCUCUGGUUACAAAGGUCACAGAGUUGUCCUUUUAAGGCUACUGGAGCAGGGUAGGUUAUUUCACACCUCGACAACCCCGUAGUGAAGCGCUAUCGAUCGUUGGUGGGCGCGAAUUAAAUCACUUUAUCCCGCUCCAGAAUGCUCUGUCGGUCGCUCAGGCAGCCCCAUCGCAUGAUGGAACACGCUUCCUUCGCAAGGAAGACUUGUACUUAGGUAAAAAUAACUAAAUUAAUCCGCGCUUUGGACAUUCUCCCCCAGGGGACGCCUAGCUGCCCUGGGAGUCCCCAUACUGGCUCGUACAGUUAGUGACCUAACUCAUUAAAUGUGUCGAAAUUUACGAAUGAUUGUCAAUCACUCGCAAACCGACACCAUUUCAUGAGUCUAAUGUUUAUGUUAAGUAAAAAUUAAAAGAAUUAAGAGCAUACAAGAAAUAUUAAAGGCAGUGUUGCGUUGUUUAGAAAUGCCGAUUUCUUUAGAAAAGCGCAAUAUCCCGAAAGCGUCAGAAAUGGCUCUAAUUUAGUAAACUUUGUUUUCAGAUGUAUAGAAUGUAUUUUGAUACCAAAAGCGUAAUAAAUAUGAAAGUAAAAAUAAAAUAACGUCUAGUAAUAGUGUUUCAGUGAAGUUUACAUCUAAAUAUCGUUUACAACUUAGUGUGAUUUCAUAUAUGGCGGUUGGUUAAAUGCCUACAUUCUGACUGUAGAUUCCAAAACAGUUUUCCGAGGGUUCGUGUUAUCCUUGACUCUUUUGAGUUAAAUGAGAUGGGGUUCAACAAGAGAAACUGGAUUUUGCCUAAUUUAACCGAUGGGGACAUCGGAGGAACAAAACUUUUUAUAAGGUGACAUGCCUUGAGGCCAGUCGGUGCCUAAUAAAUGUAAAUAGACCUAACAGACAUGAUCGUAGACAUACCAUUUUUUUGUUUACAGAGAGAACUUUAAAGCAUUUUUUCCCCGGUAUGAAUUGAAAACAAGCAUGUACAGCAGAAUUUAUUGGGGCCAACAAAUUUCGUGACGGCUUUUCAACUGCAACCCGUCUCUGCAUAACAUAGGUAACGAAUGAACGCGCACAGCAGUAUGAAUUUGUACAGAAUGGCAGUGCAUAGGAGCAAGGUCAAAGUUCAAAAUAAUCAAUAAUCAGCUAAGACGUCCACAUAAGCAUCAAAACAGUUAAAUUAAUUUACACUUUUCGUUCGUUUUUUAUUGCGUUGAGUUUCAGAUCGGCCUUAAAUUUUUGCUGAAUACUCCAUGAUUUCCAGUGUUUUUGCCCGAUCGUCCAUAAAAACAGAUUCUGAAUUAGCCGUCUGUUGAGAACUUUAAGAUUAUUCUUGAAGGCAUUUACCGAAUUGGUGCGUGUUCGGGCGCUCCUUUUCAUGAAGAUGGUGGUUUGGGUCACAUGUGAAGACUCAUUCAAAUAUCAAAUUUCAUUUUCGAGAAAAAUGGCUGUCCACAAUGAAAGUCAACAAGGAAUAUGCCUUCGAUCAAUACGAAAACUUUUCUUAACAUUUUACCUUUUUAAGAAGUGCUUUUUUACUGAACUUCGUUGACGGAUCUCUAUGUACUUUGCAUUUUUGCUCGGUGAGGCCAAGUAAAAAUUUGACGCUUUUGGCAGUUUCUCUCACGUUUCUAAACAAUGCUGUUUUUAUACCGUGAACGUAAGAACAUGUCUUUUUCUACAUAUUGAGGCCAUUUCCACUGUUUUUGCUCGCUUUUAGACGCCGUUCUUCGAUUAUGAAUGCACUGCAGAGCGCACAUAUAACUACUGAUAUUUUGCUGGAAUUAGUAAUGUCUUGCUCUUUUUAUUUCUGAAAAAGGUAUGCACGGAAGCUAAACUCCACGACAAGCAGUGUUUCAUAUGUUCAAAACUGGAAAUGACCAUUCGGUGGUGGUCAUUUAUGUGACAUCAGGUAGGACUUUCCAAACGUAAAACAAUUUCAGCCCAUUGAUUACGAAAAGAGUAAGUCGUCAAAGUGUCGAAUCGACAACGAGAAGUUUUGCGAACCAACAGUCGGGCAGAACUGCGGCAGCAGCAGCAGUAGCAGCAGCAUCAGCAGCAAAAGUUUCACGACAGGCACGAUUGUGCGUCCUAAGCAUGUCUGAUGUCCGUCAAUCAGUGACGAUCAAUAUAUCGAUCGGUGUCACGACAAGGUGAGCGGCCGAGUCACACGCGACCCAGGCAGUGGGGUUCGGUCGCUGUCGCUAAGCCAAGCAGGCUGCCACACUGGUCCCAGGCUAGAGAAAAGGCGAGCGUGAAAACGACGUCGAGGGAUAAAUGCUGCAGUCAAUUCAGCUGGGACUUAUGAUGGACCUAAAGGCCUGUUGUGUACAGGAGUAUUCGGGGAUCUUCUUCAUGAAUAACUUUGUUGUGGCCAGCGUAAGUCUACUUACUGUCUGUGCGCUUCAAAGGGACCACGCGGGAGAUGCGCUGAGCCGACAUCAGAGACCAGCAGGCGCCACCAGGAAUGCGCACCCAUAAAAAUUUCAACAUUUUGGUUGUGGUGACAUGCCAAGUUGCAGACUCACGUCGCGCCACUUGGGCCUGUGCCACCCCCUACUUUUGUUGUGGUAUAAAAUGCUGGCCGGUGUACCUUGUGUGACCAGGGAUUGUGAUGACAGUGCUCUAUGACCGUGACUUGGAUGAUUUCCAACUGACAGGAUAACUUUGACCACGGAACUCGGUCCAAUGUGUGUUCGAGUGGAGUGACCGACUAGUAGCUUGGGAGUCAAGCUGCAAUGGCUCCUUUUAAUGUGGUCUCUAUGGUGCACCCACUCACUGUGAUCCAAACCGGAUGCGGCGGCACGCCUAGGAGCGGCUCCGGCCGCGCCAUUCACCUGCGCCCCUCUCACCUCCGGUCUUCCUGACUUGAUCGUGGCUCCGGGCCCAGGUGGUGGCACCUCUAGGUGCGGGAAUUCGCCAUGCCAGCCAUCGGCGCUCUCUCCAGCCCCUGACCAUUUUGUCUGCGUCUUGACACCGGGUCCGGGUGGAGGAGUUGGGUUGUAGUCUUAGUGGACUUGCACUGCAUCAAUCGCACUCGUUCCCCCUCGAACGUCUGAGCACGGUGUCAACAUGCAGUCAAGGACACUGGGGGAGGGGGGGGGGUGGAUAGAGCGCAGAGGCUUUCAGAGCCAAACAGCCUGUACACGCGGGCCACACACGCAUGGUUCACGCAAGAUGGACCAGAUUUUCACGGAGAAACACGCACACACACACCCCCCGGACACCCACAUCUGGGUUAACCAACCAGUCAAGGACGGUUAUUGGGGUUGUGACCGCCGAGCUCUAGACAGAAAGUAAUCACGGUAUUUUCUGUUUCUUUAACGAACUGCAUUCAAAAACGAAAUCUUAAAAAAAGUUGUAGAUUAACAUUUGUUAUUCUCCCUCCGGCCACGUAGUGCACAAGUAUUUUUCUGAAAUCAAUGCGCGAAACCAAAGCAGACAACGAUUAAAAAAGAUUAGCUAGGAUACUAUCUGCAGGAAUUGUUUGGUGAUGUCGAGGCUGCAGGCUAGGUAGCAAACUCUCUUUCUGGCUGUUUGAGGACUGUGGCACAAUGAAAUGAAAGAACUCAAUUCAUAGGUGGUUAGAGCGUUGGCUGUACUGAAGCCUGCCCCUUACUGCGUGGGUUCGAAUCCCACCGAGGCGCCGAGUUUUUCACAGUUGGGUCAAUAUGAAAGAACUCAAGGCAAGGUCAGUGGAACAAGUUGUGUCAUAUCUGUCCUCAUUUUUUUACGCAAGCACGUGAUUUGAGUAUCUCCAAUUUGGAUGUUUACAGCAGCUAAUACGAAAUGCGUAUGCGCGCUGUGCUUUUGUCUAACUGGAUAACGCCACAUUUUUCGAUCGUUUUAGCCUCAAUUUUCGAAAACAGUGGUCGAGAUGCAACAGGCUGUCCCGCUAAACUGUUAUCAAGGCUCCAGACAGCAGGUGCUUUGACUGUUCGAGUGACGAUAUCUUGGAAGCCUUCACAAAGCGACUUCUUCCACACUCUUAAGUGUCCACAAACAGUCAACUCAUGUCUGCCUUCAUGACUGUCAGAGAAAACAACUAAAACACGGCUGUCGUGGCUAGGCUGCCAGAGUAUGUGCAGCAUGUGAGCUACAGUCGUCAAGUCAAAUCCCAGAUUGGAAGGAGAAGGCAACAGAAUGAGGGGUUUAUUGUGCACAGAACCCGGAGUUGUCCUCUCAGGCGGCAGUGGCCACUGGAGAAGCCAGGACUGGUGUUGACUGCGUCCAGUCAGGCCUGAGAGUCCCUGAGAUAGUAGUGGCAGCCUCUUUUGUAGGCUCGUUGGCCCAGCUCAAGUGGUCUCCAGUCGGUGUGCGUUGCAUUUGCCGAGGGGUGGUGUCCCAGUGGCUUGUUUUACUGGUUGCAGGGGGUGGCGCGUUCAAGUGGCCGCAUGGGCAGCUGGGACUGCGCGGACGCAGGUAUGCCCGAGCUGCCGGUCGUGUGACUUCAGGUCAGCUCGUCUGGGACGGCUCACCGCAAAAGGGCGGAUGGCCUUGAGACAGCGAGGUCUUGAACAAUGAAGACCGGACCAGUCAUGAUGGGUGGCCGCCACACAGUGUCCAGUCUGACUGGGACAUAUCGUAGCUCGGUAUGAACUCACUUUUGAGUCUCAUUUAGGCGCCACAACGACAGUGCUUCCAGCCGAAUAUGUUAAAUGUCUAACGUGAUCAUUGUCUGUGAAAAUAGUGGAACUCGUAAGCAAAGAGUUCAGCCGACGACUUCAGUAUAAUCCGUCAAUGCAAGAAUUAGAAUAUUUGUAAAUAUGAACCACAAUAAAUAAAGCAUAUGAUAAAGCGCGGAUAGGCAUACCCUCAGUCCUGAGCUACCUUCCUACGAGAUACGUUAAAACAAACAUGCGGCGCAUAUACGAUUUUUUUUAUCUGCUCAAUACCACAUUCCGGUCAGAUAUGGUUAUGUAGUCGCACCUGAAGCAAACAAACCCCAGCCACCUGUAAUACGGGAUCGGUGGCAAUAGGGGUUUUACAGGUGGGGCAGCGGAAGACACAGGCGACAAGGUCAAGUAGUUGUAUUCAAAUGAAAAACUAUUGGGAGUUCGCGGUUGUACUUUGAGUGGUUGGGAAAUAUUUGCCCUAAUCCCUGACUCUAACCUCUAACCCUAACCCCAACGAUAUUGUGUCUAUCAGGUGCGGCUGCAGAACCACAUCUUACCCACCUUUCAUCUCCAAAAAGACACCAAUUAUCACCGUUCCUGUAUAAAUGGUGGCUUUUUGCAAUGGUUUAGGAGUGCGGUGCACAUAUCCGUGUCCAAAAGAUAUGGCUGGUGACAGUUCGACCAUCGGUUUCGAUGAUGUCCACCGUGUGCCCCACUGUUGCAGCAGCAAUGGGAGCAGGGACGGUGACUUACGCAGGGGUUUAUAGUGCCAGUAGACUUGCGUAGCAUCUACCUACACUCUCUCCUCCUCCCUCGCCUGGGCCCGGUGUCAAGACAGAGUCAAGAAGACCGGAGACGAGGGAGGCCGCAGGUGGAUGGCUCGGACAGAUCCUCACCUUGGCGUUCCACCACACCCCCUGGUCCACACAACAAUAACCAGGAUUUCAACCAACACAACAGAGAUUUGGAGGCUGGCACGGCCGAAGCCGCACCUGGGCGUGCCGCCAACGCCUGGCUCGGAUCCCACACUGUGGUGAGAGUGCCAUAAAGGCCACAUUAAAAAGGAGCCAUUGCAGCCUGACUCUCAGACCGCCUCCGGUCAAGAAGGAGGUCCAAGUUACCCCGUCAGUUGGCAACCUUCCAAGCCACGGCUUUUAGCGCACCGUGAUAGCUUCAAGCGCGUCAGACUGUUUAUGGUGAGGAGGAAGUGCGCUGAGUCAUCGACCUCACUCUCCCCACUCCCACACCCCAGCCGCUGUCCGAGCCGGUCAGCAGACUGGAGUGGGGAAUGGGCGCGGUGGCUGUCAUGGUUGACUGACCAUGACUGCGAGCGCCACGGCACGACCUGGUCCCUCAUACACACAACACCAGGAUUUCACACAACGGGGGUUGAACGGCGUGUCUCUCACUUGCGUGAGAGUGCCGUGGAAGGUGCUGUUUCGGCCCGUUCCCAGCCCUCCAGUCCGCCACUCCACACAACACACACAACGCGACGAACUGCGUGAACCGAGAGCGGGCGUCAAUCAGCAACCUUCCUAUCCACGACAGAUAUGGCUGGUAUAGCCACACAAUCCGCCGGUGAAACCGCUCCGUUUGUUAUAAUCGUGAUCCGUUUCGAGUGUGUCGAUACCGCAACUGCCAUUCCUUUGCCUCUAAUAGGUCUGCCUUAGAAGCCCAACCGAAAUGCAAAUCACAACGCCCUAGCCUAGUUAUGUGAGUUAGAGAGGAGAAAAUAUCGAUUUUUAACAACGUCGAGGGACGCGUCAUCCAUGGCUCCAGGUAAGACAAGCCGGCCUUCUUGACUCUGUCAUGGCAUCGAGCCCAGGUGGGGAGGAGGAGGAGGAGGAGGAGGAGGAGGAGGAGGAGGAGGAGUAG